CUGAUACUGUCAGCGUUGUCUAGACCACAGGAUUCAACAGCGCCCUCAUCUGUAAGUUCGGGACAUCCAAAGGAACCAGAAAAGAAGAACGUCUUCAAGGGUCUAAUCAGUCUCGCCCCAUCAAAACCUUCUGCUACACCCACUACUUCUGUUGAUGUACAGGAAAAGAAGCCAGUUAAUGAGGUGAUGAAGAAACUUCGAGAAGCGUUGAAUCGUCUGAAAAUUCGUGUAGCCGAGGGAGACUUUGAUGAAGUUGAGGAAGUCGGAGUGAAGGGAGAACGCCUGGUACCAAUGGCUAACUCAAAGACAUAUCUCAGCACUCACAAGUUCAAAGUUUCUGAAGCGGAUAAAGUAGCUGUUCGGCCAACUUAUGAGAAGUAUCGAUAUGAGACCAAAUUUGAUGACGUGUAUGACGACGAGUAUGAUGAUGGUUACGAGCAAAAAGAAUUUACCGUAGAGCCUUUGAACGCUCAAACGUCGUCAGAUGAGACUGAAGGAGAAGCAACGGAUGAGGCGGAAGUCGGAGGAGUUGGUAAGCCUAGGGGAGGUGGUCGCGGCCGGCAGUACAGAAACACCACUCGUGGAUCUGCCAACUCCGCUGGUGGUACAAACAAUAAUGGCAAUAAGGACGCUAGCGGUAGCGCAGCAAAUGGAGGAGAAAAUACUUCUCGUGGAACCUCCUAUACUGGUGGUCGACAGCGGCAGAUGAAGGAACGUCAUAAGAACGCCUUCAAACAACGUGGAGCCGAUCGGAAGAUGCGCGGCGCGUACUGA